CAGAUAAUCUGAGAUUAUUAUCUCAGUCUGCAAAACUCUUCCCGAUGAAUCACUCGUAGAAAACUUUUGCGGCGUAUAUUUAUAUAUAUAUAAAUAUAUGUUGUCUAGAAACAUUGGCGGGAGAAUCUCCGAGAGCGAUAUUGUUAUUGUUAUUAUUAUUAUCAUUAUUAUUAUUGUACAAAAUAAUAAUAACGCGACAACGGCAUAAUUAAAAAAAACGAAACGAAAAUAUCGAUCACAACUUUUCGAUAGUCGAUACCCGCGCCGCCGUUGCUGGAUUUUUUCCUUCUGUAACACGCCAUCUGUUGCAUGAAAACAGAAAGUGUUUGUUUGGUAAACAUGAGUGAUGGCAAGGACGAAACGAAAAAAGAUAAUGUUGAAGAGAAAUUUGGUAGAGUUCAAUUCAGUCACGAAGAACUUGUUAAAUUAACAAAAGAGGCUAUUGAUAAACUGAUCGAAAGUGAUCCAUUAUUGAAUGGUCUACUAUCGGAUACCACCGCCGAAGAAAUCCGUUCGCAAACCGCAGUCGCCCAGGGUCAAGCGAUUACGCUUUAUUUGAAUCGUGGCGAACGUCCUAUACUUCCUAUCGUGGUUGCCCCGCACACAACUACCGUUCUUGAUUUGAAAAAAGCCAUAAGAAGAUACACAGAUUUGGCUUUGAAGAGAGAAAGAGUGAAAACGAAAAUCAGCUGGAAGCACGUCUGGAAAAAAUAUCAAUUGUCCUUCAAUGACAGUAUUCUUAGUGAUGAUUCGGCAAAUAUAAAAAAUUAUGGUAUAAGUAACCGAACGGAAUUACACUUCAUAAAGAGAAUAAGGGAAAAAAAUAAAAGAAAGUAGUAUUGUAAUAGGUGUUGUUUAUCUAAUAACAAAUAAUUUAAUGACAAUAAAUUGGUUAAUGACUUUGUA